AUUGACUUAAAAAAUGGGAUCCUUAGACCCCCACGACUAUUAAUAAAGCACUGCUCUUUCCUCUGCUUCCUUGUGCUUCUGAGAUCGCUAGAAAUUUUCCAUUUACUGAUUUACCAAGCCAAGCAUUGGAGCAAGCGAGGAAGACCGCUUUUUCCAUCAUCCAAGUCCAUCUCCGGCCCCCUUCCCUUCUUCCUAAAGCCCCGCUCCAGCCUGCUCCUUUAUCUGUCUUCUAGUCGGCUCCCCAUUCAUCUUCUGUCUCCCACGGAUAGGUGCCUUUCGGGAACGUCUCUCUCCGCUACUCCCUUUUUGAAUGAAUAAGGGGUAGGGCUUUAUUCACUUAGUCAUCUCUGCCUACGACUUUUCUUCUUUCUUGACCCGGCUCGCCUAGCUGGCCCUAUCUUGCACGUUCCACUAACCGCUAUCACAAACUUUAGGAGAAUUCUGACUCUUUGUCAAGUGAGAGUCAGAAUUCUGUAUCUUCUUUUAUAGAUUCUCGAACACCGGCUAGGGCCUUUCUAGCAUCGGUUACCGAUCCAUCCAAGCCAAUAGUUUCCCUAGGAGGGCUUUUUCUAUGGAUACGCUUUAUACGGUUCCUGCCUGCCUGAAUCUCUGUGAAGUAUACGUGGCGUCAAGCCACGUUCCACGGAUUCAAUUAGGAAUUCUCCAUUUGAAGAUUCAAGAGCCCCUUUUGCUUAAUAAAUUGUUGAACCUAGGUAUUCUGAACCUGUCUAUUCAACUGUUGAUUCAACUUCAACUGCCGUCGAGCCAAAUACCUCAAUAUCAGGGUCUUAAAUAUUCGAAAAUUAUUCCAAUUCAGCUUAUUCCAUUUAGGAAACUAGGUAUUCAAGUUCACCCACCUUUGAAGCAGCUAGACCUGUGGAUUCAAGUUGACCCGCCUACCCGGCCGGGUUGUUUGAUUGAGUCGAGGUUGGCGAUCGCCUUCGUUUGGUUUCAUUGCCUAGCCCUCUUCGUGGUGUGCCUAGCUCUUCGGAAGCAGGUUGGAAAGGCCUAGCGAUUCCGCAUUUAAUGGAAUUAUCAACGUUUCUAGCUAAGAUUUUGAAAAAGAACCGUACCUUGCCCUAAAGAAAGAUAAAUAGUCCCU